AUGGUAGGACCAUAUGGUAUUGAAUGUGAAAAAUUAGACGAACAUGCUAUCGUUGACGAGGAGAACAAGCGGAGGCAGGAGCGCGACGAACGCUCCCUUUUCAUCAAAGGCUUCCCAAAGAAUACCAAGACAAAAGAUCUCGAAGCGCUGCAUGCAGAUAUUGAGACGGUUCGACAUCGUAAAGGAACGUCGUUCGCGUGGUUCGUAUUUAGGACAGAAGCAUCAUGUAAAAAGGCACACACUAUGUUAUCGUCUGCCAAAAUAGGUGGUAAACCUCUUUUUGUUGAUUUCUGCGGCUCGAAAUCUGCUAAGGAAGGUGUAGUAGGAAAAGCACCAAAACCAAUAAACCCUCUUGAACUUUACAUUAAUGGACUGCCAGCUAGUGUCACUAAAGAUGACAUCAAAAAUAUCUUCCGAGCUGCUGUAUCUAUUAACAUUCCUACUGCAAGGCCACAUGAAAUGAAGCGAGUUUCAAAUCCACGUGCUUUUGUCUUGUUUUCCACUGAGGACGAUGCAAAAUCGGCAUUUGACAAAGGCAAAGGACUUAAACUUGCUGGUAGAUCUGUUGAAGUAUUUUAUGCUCGAAUUCGGCAAAACCCCCAAGAACAUACUACAGCAACAACGCAGGCCGUGCCAGCUGUGAAGAAAACAAGUUCUGUGAAUGUGAAAAAAUCUGCUAAAGCUAUAAAAAUGGAGAAAAGCGAUAGUGAUGAUAGUGAUGAGGAGGAAAUAGAAUCUAGCGACGAAGGUAUCGAGGAGGUUAUCACAAAACCAUCUAGUAAUGCUUCCUUGAAGAAGAAACCGCAAACCGCUGGGUCUGAUGAGGAUGAAGAUGAGGAUGAGGAGGAAGACGAAGAUGACGAGGAGGAAGAGGACGAAGAUAACGAGUAG